AUGAAGAAUUUUUCUGUACAAUAUUUGCUCUCUCAUACUGAAGAGAAAAAGGAUGUUAUACCAUCCACAAUAACAGCAGCGACAAUAGCACCAUCAGCAUCGAAUACAAUCAAUGUUAGCUCAUCCGAUGAUAUUGAAGAUGAUAAUCAUUCACCUGUUUCUUCGUUGUUUUACGAUUCAUCAAAUGAAGACGAUGAUGAACAACAACAAGCAUCAAACCAAAAUCUUGUUGAUAGUGGAACAACAUCCGAAGAUAGUCAAACAUCGAAAUAUCUUCAACAAGAACGAAACAAUAUAACGCAUCAUCACGAAACAUCCAAACGACGUAAACGACGAGUUCUAUUCACAAAACAACAAACAUUUGAAUUGGAACGACGUUUUCGACAACAACGGUAUCUUUCCGCACCGGAACGCGAACAUUUAGCAAGUGCAAUCAAUCUAUCUGCAACCCAAGUCAAAAUCUGGUUUCAAAAUCAUCGCUAUAAAAUGAAACGUUCACGAUUGGAUAAAAAUUUAAUUGAUACGUCGAUGUCUUCGCCUCGACGUGUAGCAGUUCCCGUACUUAUUCGAAACGGUAGACCCUGUCAUCAACAGCGUUUUCCUCUCCCAUCAUCAUCUUCGACAGUCGUGCCAACUCAACACCUUCACGGUCAGCCGACAAACAGUAACAACUCAUUAGUUGUAGCAUCAUCAUCAAACCCGUCAUGCAAGAAUGAUACUCCUCCUAAUCUACUAUUCAAUGACAGACAACAUCUGAAAUGUGACAAUAUUGAUUUAUUCCAACAGUUUCUUCUCUCGCAGUGGGCACUUUCGAAAAAACUAUUUUUUCCAACGACAACUUAA